AUCCCUUGAAAAGACAUAUGCUGUCACUGAGAAGGGGAAGGUGGAGUAUUUGUGAAUCUGGAUGGAGCCACCAGCAGGGAAGAAGGAGUAGUGAGGACAAGUGUGGUGGAAAGAAUAAGACUCUUCCUAGAAGUAGGAGGGAAACUUGACCCUGAUGGUGACAGGAUGGACUGAGCUCUUAUGCCUUUGUCUGACUCCUGGUGAAGGCUGGGCGCUGCACAGAGAUGGCUGUGGAUUGUAGGAGACGUGAACUUUUGUCCUGAGCCCCUCAUCUGCUGCUUGGUUGAGUUGAGGCUCUAGGAUGCUGGGGCCAGCCAGGCUUGGGUUGCCCACCUGAUCCUUGCCACCUGUGUCCUGCUGGCACACCAUGUUGCGCUCCUGGCGCACGAAGCUGAAGCUGCUGCUCGCCACAGUGACCCUGGCCAUCCUCCUCUCCUGGCUCUACCUCUUUGUGGGCAGCCUUGAAUAUGGCCGCUUCCUCCUGCUGCCACCCUGCCUGGGCGAGCAGCCAAGCCGGGAUGUGGAACGGGAGACUCUGGCCUCACGAGUGCGCAGGGUGGAGGAGGAGAAUCAGCAGCUCCGCCUGCAGCUCAGCCAGGCUCAGAUGGAGGGCAGUGAUGGCAGCCCACAGUGGGGACCCUCUGCCGAGGAUGGAGAUCUCCCCAGGGGUGAGAGGAGCAAUCGUACAGCCUGCCCCAAGCAGCAGACAGUGCACAAAUGUGAGCUCCUGCAUGUUGCGAUUGUGUGUGCCGGGCACAACGCGAGCCGGGAUGUGGUCACCCUGGUGAAAUCCAUCCUCUUCCACAGGAAGAACCCCCUCCACUUUCACUUCAUCACGGACUCUGUGGCCCACCAGAUCCUCCAGACACUCUUCCAGUCCUGGAUGGUGCCUUCUGUACAUGUCAGCUUCUACAAUGCUGAUGACUUGAAGCCAGAGGUGUCGUGGAUCCCCAACAAGCACUACUCUGGCAUCUAUGGGCUGAUGAAGCUGACGCUUACCAAGGCGCUGCCCUCCAACCUUUCCAAGGUCAUCGUCUUGGACACUGACAUCACCUUUGCUACUGACAUUGCCGAGCUCUGGGCUGUCUUUGGGAAGUUUUCUGAAAAGCAGGUGAUUGGGCUGGUGGAGAACCAAAGUGACUGGUAUUUGGGCAAUCUGUGGAAAAACCACAAACCAUGGCCGGCCCUGGGACGUGGCUUCAACACAGGGGUGAUCCUGCUCCUGCUGGACCGUCUGCGUCACCUGGGCUGGGAGCAGAUGUGGCGGCUGACGGCAGAGCGGGAGCUCAUGAGCAUGCUGUCCACCUCGCUGGCCGAUCAGGACAUCUUUAACGCGGUGAUCAAGCAGAACCCAUCCCUGGUGUACCGGCUUCCCUGCUUCUGGAAUGUGCAGCUGUCAGAUCACACCCGCUCGGAGCAGUGCUACACUGAGCUUUCAGAUCUCAAGGUGAUCCACUGGAACUCACCCAAGAAGCUGCGGGUGAAGAACAAGCAUGUGGAGUUCUUCCGUAACCUCUACCUGACCUUCCUGGAGUAUGAUGGGAACCUGCUGCGCAGGGAGCUUUUUGGCUGUGCCAGUCUUCCCAGCCCACCCAGGGACCAGCUACAGCAGGCACUGGAGGAGUUGGAUGAGGAUGAUCCCUGCUAUGAUUUCCGCCAGCAGCACCUCACGCAGCACCGCAUCCACCUGUUCUUCCUGCAGUACGAGUUCUUGGCGUUUCCCAACCCUACUGAUGUCACCCUCGUGGCCCAGCUCUCCAUGGACAGGUUACAGAUGCUGGAGGCCAUCUGCAAACACUGGGCGGGCCCCAUCAGCCUGGCAUUGUACAUGUCAGAUGCUGAGGCUCAGCAGUUCCUGCGCUAUGCCCAGGCCUCGGAGGUGCUGAGCGCCCGCCGCAAUGUCGCCUACCACAUUGUCUACAAGGAGGGGCAGUUCUACCCCAUCAACCUCCUGCGAAACGUGGCCUUGGCCAACACGCAGACGCCAUACGUCUUUCUGACGGACAUUGACUUCCUGCCUAUGUAUGGCCUCUACGAUUACCUCAGGAACUCCAUCCAGCAGCUGGAGCUGCCCCAGAGGAAGGCAGCUCUCAUUGUGCCGGCGUUUGAGACCCUGCACUACCGCCUGACCUUCCCCAAAUCCAAAGCAGAGCUGCUCUCCAUGCUGGACAUGGGCUCCCUCUACACCUUCAGGUACCAUGUGUGGCCAAAAGGCCACGCCCCAACAGACUACGCCAAGUGGCGGACGGCCACUGUGCCGUACCGUGUGGUGUGGCAGCCAGACUUCGAGCCUUACGUUGUAGUGAGGCGAGAUUGCCCCAGGUAUGACCAGAGGUUCGUGGGCUUCGGCUGGAACAAAGUAUCCCACAUCAUGGAGCUGGAUGCGCAGGAGUAUGAGCUGCUGGUCCUGCCCAAUGCCUUCAUGAUCCACAUGCCCCAUGCCCCCAGCUUCGACAUCUCCAAGUUUCGCCUGAAUGCAGGAUACCGGGGCUGCCUCCAAACGCUGCGGGAGGAGUUCCACCAGGACCUGUCACGGCGAUAUGGGGCUGCUGCGCUCAAAUACCUCACCGCCGAGAGAAGCCUGUGACACCUGGGGACAGUGGGUGCGGGGUACAAGCAGCACACUGGGAGGCUGCAGGGCCUCCCUCCUGCCCCUGCCCACCACCGCAGCCCAGCUUGAGGGAACGGAGUUGGCAGCACAGCCUCUCCAGCCCACCAAAGGGAUACCCACAGAUAAGGUGGAAGAUAUCAGCUGCAAGAACAGGUAGUGCCUGGAGAUCAAGCUACCACAGCCUUCCUGAGUUACAGGGGAACCUCCUUAUGCCAGGGGUCAGGAUGUCAGCUCUCCUCCCUCCUCUCUUUUAGUAGAUGUGGGUUCCUUAGUCUUCACUAGCUCACUUGACCUUGAGGCCUGGCUCCUGCAGAGGCCUGGGAGCUGUGCCAUACCCUGCUCUGCCCUUGCUCAGUGGUCCCAGUUCCAGUCCUUGCAUACUCCUCUGGGGCUUUGGUGAGCGAGAGAUGAGGUUGUAGAACAUCCCUUUGUGGAGCAGGCUCAGAGGAAGCCUCCUAGCACCUUGGGAGCUCCAGCCAGGGAGUACCAGGAGUUGUUGGAGACCUGGUUCAAGCCCAGAUCAAGGCUAGCUGGUUAACAGCAGAGAAGUAUUAUUACUCCCGAUCCAUAUGGAUGCAGUCUCCAGUGGAGUUGGCCCUGCACUGGUGGUGCUGGAGUCACUCAGAGCAGGAUGAGCUCCAAGAGCAGGACAGGCUGUGUGCUGUCCCCAGAAUGAACUCCCAGAAUAGACCUGCACCUCCAGUCUGGGAGCAGCCGUGGUGGUAACAGACCUGUGUUGUGUUGGCAGUGCCCCACAGGGCUGGGCUGCAAACCAUGGCCAAGAGCAAAACAGCAGCUUCAUGGGCCAGUGUAUGCUGAGAGAAGUUUCUGGCAGGGACCACCCUGCUCCUCCCCAGCUCCCGGCAGCACAGUCGUUGCCAUCAACAAUCAGGGAUGCGACUGACACUGGACAAGACCGUAGCUGAGCACUGUGGCAGGAACCCUUGUGCCAGGAGCAGCUUGACCAGACACUGUUCUACCACUAUCACACACUGGAGCACAGAGGAUGCAUUGCUUUCCUCACGCUGUUUAAAUUAUUUAAUACUUUUCUCAUAAGAAUUCAGUAAUUAGGGUGUCUGGGGUUCUUCUUUUUAAUCCUUUUUUCCUCCAAGAUGAUUUUGCUGAUGGCCCUGGAGGCUCUCCGGGCCAGUUGCUGCUGCAGCCUCUGCUGUUCUCUCCUUAGCUUUGCUCUGGGCUGCAAGAGCUAGAGCUAGCUCUGUGCAGGGGUGAGGAUUUCCGUCCAUGGUGGGAGUGACUAAGAGGAGUCAUACAAAGCACGGGGUAUGGAAAGGGCACAAGCGCCUCUUGCUUUUUUCCUCGUUUUAAUUUAAUUUUUAAAUUAAAGCUUUUUUAUUCUUUUUCACAUUCUUGUUAGAACUGCCUGGUUAUUAAUUUUUUCCCCUGAAGGGAAGACAGCAGGAAGAGUGUAAUGGAGGAGUAGCCUGAGCCUUGGCUGUGGAAAAGCAUCACUGGGCUUGCUCUGCCUGGCAUGUUUUCCUGUUGGACUGGCACAGUGGGAAGGUUAAGGAACAAGGAAGAGCAGCAGGCAAAAGAAAUGCCAGUGUCACCAAGUGGCAGGUGCACCGGUCCCCUGCCAGCUCUGAAAGGGUUGUUAGGCUCAAAUCUGAUGGUUCCCAGCACUGCAGCAGGGCCCAGGCAGCCUGCCUGCACAGCCAGCACCCCUGAACUGGAUCAUGGGGCUUCACGGUUUAGGCGUGUAGUCAGUUUAAACACCCCCAGGUAGAAGGGAUGUAGUUUCAUCUGGUGGUGCUGCAGCUCAUCCCCGAGAGCAGCAUGCUGAGCUGGAUGCUCUGCCAUGAUCUGCAGGACCUUUCCUCACCCAGAGGAGGGAGGACAGGCACCCAACUCUGGCCACAGUGCAGGCAGUGGGACCGGGUGAGGCUCUCUGCUGAACAGCCUUGGCUUUGUAAGAGUGUUGGGAAUAAAAGCUGGCUCUUGGGCCCCAUCAGCCACCACCCUUGCAUCUGCAGGUUCGAAGAUGAGGGUGGUUUGCCAGGAGCAAGUGUUGAGGCUUUACUUGGGAAAGGGCUGGGAAGGCAUUGCUCAUCACAGUGAAGCCAUGCACAGCUCCACCCCACCAGUCCCUAGCAGGCAGCUUUUGUUUAAUAUAACCAAAGCUCACCCAUACCGUGCUGCUGCUGCACUUAUCAACAAGAGGGUUGAUCACAGCUAGAUGCUGCUACAGACAUGGUGGAACAGUGCCGGGAUGGAGCAGGCCUCUUCCAGGCAAUUCUUUGAUGGCUGUGAGGCAACAAAAAUGCUGUCUCUAUGGUUAUUUUGGAAGGUGGCACUGUAGAAGGAGGGCUGAACACCAUAAUUAUCAGAUAGUCCUUCCCAACCUAUUCAUUCACUCAUGGCUAGGCUUUGCGAAUGAAGAUUUGAGUGAAUGAAUAGGUUGGAAAGGAUCAUCUGAAAAUUAAUCUAUACAGUCAGCCCUAAAUGUGCCUAAGAGGGUAGAGGUAUUUGGAAGUAAACCCAGCUCAAGCUGAUCUCCAUGUGCCCUCUGCCGGGCAGCAUCAACUGGGAGGCACCCACUGAGUCAGAACCGGGAGAUUAUCUGAACUGAGCGCAGCCCCUUUUGGACCUAAAAUUCAUUUCUCCUAACACACUGUCCUUCUCCUUGCCAAGAAAGCGGAGCGUGCCACAGCCGCCACACAGAGCCAUGCUCAGAAACCCCUCUUGGGGCUGGGGAUUUGCUAUGGGCACUACACCAUGCCCUGUGCCUGUGGGACCCGCUGUCCCCACCUGGUACAUACAGCUAAGGAGACAAGAGAUUUUACUGUGUUUUAUUUAGUAAAAUGUUAAAAUAAAUAAAUACAAAUUGAUCAGAUGCUCUGUAUCCCCUCCCCCCAACUUUAAUUUGCUAAAAUCUAAACACAUUUGUACCAAAACUGAAACCACAAGGAACUUGAAGGCAGCAGAGACUGCAGAUCACUAUGAGCAUCAGGCUAAAAAAAAUAGA